CGCGAAUUUAUGAUUCACCAAUCUCAGUAAUUGUUUUAGAUCGUAGGCAUCUUUGAUUUUUCCUUUCUUUUUCCACGCAAAUUUCUUUUUUUUGUAAAUUAGCCGUGUUUCUUUUACUUUCUGCAUCAUCACCGAACUUUGUCAAUGGAUCGUACCGCGUCAACACUUGGUUAGAAGUACCAAAAUUUACAAGGAUUUUUCGAAAUACAGGCGCAAGUAACCUUUAAAUCACACAGUAUUCUGUUCACUUGUUGUACUACUAAGUAUGGAGCCCAGUUAUCUGAUCUUUAUAUGCUAAUAUCUUAAUCCAGGUACUUGUAAAGUCAAAACUAAGAGUGCGACGAUCCAUUUUAAACAAACAAACGAGUCCUCCCGUCCCACCGGCCUACCAGCAAUAUGGUUCAGCUCGGCCAUGUUGCUAAUAGCAAUGAGUCAGAAAGCGAUCCAGACGAGUCAGGAAAUGCUCAAAAACUCCAUACGCCAGUGAGAAAACUCAGCGGAAAGCCCGAAUCUGUCUCGGCGCAUCAAGAUGGAGAAGCAAACGGCAGUACAGGUGAAGACGGAGAUGAGGAGGUAAUUUCAAAUGAGGACGCAGAUGAGGACGCAGAUCAGGACGCAGAUCAGGACGCAGAUGAGGACGGAAAUGAUCAAGUUGAUGAAGACGAAUUUGAAGAGGAAGAUACAGAUGCAGAUAACACAAUCGUCGUCAUGGUCCCGGGCCCGAAGAACCCUGAAGAAUAUGUGCCUUAUCAGGAGGAUGACACAGUAAAUGCGGUAUUAGAAGAAUUAACUGGCUCUGAUGGCGAAACUUUGUACAAAGUUGAAUACAGAGACGAGCGAGAAGAGAAUGUAAGUGAAACUUUUCUGUAAUGCACCCUGUUGUACUUGAAGCAGCUUUCAAAGUACUCAGCAUGUGCAGUUCUUGCCCUCAAAAUUGACUGCCUAUCCAUGGAGCGCUUCAUCUUCCUCUAAACGAAGGCUUAAAUUCGUGCGCCCUGCUACUUGCUACUGUUCUUGCUACUAGCUCCCUUUCUACUUCUCUCACAGCAGCCUUCUAUAUUGUUGCGUUUAAUUUCUGAUUUUGGUACGGAGCUCGGCGGGUUUGGAGAAUUCACUCUUACUAUUACGGGCAAUUUCUCAAUAAAAACUUCAAGGUAGUCCUUGUUGUUAAGAGUCUGCUACCAUACCUAGUCAAUCUUCUUUGACCUUCAAUUUAUUAUCAAGAUCAAGCUAUUUUUCAGAUAGCAAUCUUGGUUCACUUAGACAAGUUUCCACCCAUACUCAAUUGAGCUAAAUCUCAAUCCUCCCCAUUCUAGUAGCCAUGAGCCACCAGUUCCUUCCCUUGUGGACGGCAGUAAACUGGGCGUACCUAUAGUAUAUUGGCGAAUGCUUUGUUCUGUCGCUUUACUAAAUUCUUAUCAUCUCUAUACGUUUUCGCAUCAUGAAUUACUACUUUCAAAAGUGAAUUUCUAACUUAAGCAAACCAUAGGUCACAUUCAAUAGGCUAUUGCAUCUUCCAAACGGUAACAGCGCCUUGGAUAUUUUCAACAACAGAGAUUCAUCGGACUCAAUCGUGGUUGAGGACCCAUCAAAUUCUAGCCGGAGCGUGUCUUCCAGGGCUGGUAAACGUCCUCGCAGGCCUCUAGCUGACAACAGCUUUGUUGAUAUUAGCAAUAUUCAGCUAAGCUCUGACGGUGACUGUUCUGCCAAAAACGGAAAGAAGAGGCGACGUCUUGUAAACAAUAUGUCAACUGUUGAUAUUGAAAAAGCACGCCGAAGCACUCGGUUUGGUAGUCGGCAGCCUUCACGACCCAUCUUCGAUGACGACGACGAUGACGACGACGAGGAUGGCAAUGAACCCCAAUCGGGAACUGUUCGUUCAAAUGGUGAUGGGCCUCGUAGAUCAGGACGUGCAACAACAAGAUCCGCUGCUCCAAGGAAAGCAAAUACGCUCACUAGCUAUAUGGAAGAAGACGAAGAUGAGCUUGCUGGUAACUUGCAAGUCGAUUCAGAAGGCAGCGAUAUAGCUUAUGCUAAGCCAAAGAGACAACGGGCAAGCAACGCUCGUGCUGCUGCUUCAAAGCCUAACAAACGUGGAAGAACCCAAGCUCAAGGCAACCAGUCUGACGAUAGCUCUGAGUGGUCACGAGAGCGUCCGUCUCGCAUAUCUGGACGUGGAAACAAAACCGGCAAAAACAUGAGGGAAAGAGACGUUGAUGAAGAAAUUUAUGCCGAUGAAGUAGCCGGAAAGAGCACGCCUAAAGUCAUCAGCAUACGAGAGAUAUACCAACCGGUAUCCGCGAAUUCUCCCUUCGGUUUAAUCCAUGACCAAGACUGCGAUGUUUGCGGUGGAACAGGCAAGAAUUCCAAUAAAGGAAGAAGUGAUCUUAUUUAUUGUCAAGGAUGCUCUUCCUCCAUACAUAAACUUUGCCUAGGAUAUCGAGCAGGUCGCGAGCAGAUAGUUACUAAGGUUGGCCACGAAAAUUUCGUUAUGCAGUGUCGACGCUGUAUCGGUCUAGCAGUCAAGAAGGAUCCCCUUGCCCCACGGCUUGGUGCUUGUAGCAGCUGUAAUGAACCUGGACCAUCCUGUGCUGCAUUCUCCGUAAAGAAAACCGCGAAGCAGGAAGAGAAGCUGAGAGAAGAAAACAACGGUGAUGACCCAAUUACUAAUGUCCGCGGUAACCUUAUCAACAAUCCGGACAAUGUCCUAUUUAGAUGCCGAGGAUGCCAGCGUGGAUUCCAUUUUGAACAUCUACCACAACGUUCUAGGAAAUCAACCGCCGCACACAAUGCCGAUGAUCUACGCUCUCAAAGAAUCCAAGAAUAUACUAAGAAUUGGCAGUGCAAGCAAUGCUCAGAGAGUACAACAAAACUGCAGACUUUAGUUGCAUGGAGACCAUCAGACCGCAAGUCUUACAAGGAAGAUGACGACUUUGACACUUUUCGUGAGGAUGAAAAGGAAUAUCUCGUCAAAUGGGAUAAUAGCUCGUAUUUUCAAUGCUCUUGGAUGCCUGGCGCAUGGGUUUGGGGCGUUGCAGCAGCUACUAUGCGAAAGGCUUUCAUUCGUCGAGACGAGGGUGCCAAUAUGUCUCCGAAAUGGACCAAAGAAGAGGCAAUCUCUGAGGAAUACCUACGAAUGGAGAUUAUUUUCGAUGUAGAGUAUGAUGAAUCUUUCCAACCAAAGUCGGAAGAAUAUGACAAGGCUCAUAUCAACGAUGUUGUUCAGGUUUUGGUCAAGUUUAGAGGAUUAACCUAUGAUGAAUCCGUUUGGGAGGAACCUCCAUCCCCAAAUGAAGCUGAUCGCUGGAGUGACUUUGUCUCAGCUUACAAUGAAUACGUCAUGGGCAGGUACUUCAAGCAAUCACCUGCAAGUGCUGUAAAAGAGCGGAUCAAUGCAUUUCGUUCUCUAAACUUCGAGAAGAAGGUUGUUUUAAAGAAACAGCCUGCUUCAUUGAUUGGUGGUGAGAUGAUGAAGCACCAAAUGGAAGGUCUGAAUUGGCUACUGUUUAACUUUCAUCGACAAAAGAACGUUAUCCUGGCUGAUGAGAUGGGUCUUGGCAAGACGAUUCAGGUCAUCGCCUUGAUUGCAACACUUGUGAAGGACAAACCAAAGGUAAGCGCAGAACAAAUCCUCGAGUAACUAUACUAACAGCUCGCAGUGCUCCCCUUUUCUCAUUGUUACACCAAACUCGACUUGUCCAAAUUGGCGCCGCGAGAUUAAAAAGUGGGCACCUGAUCUUCGUGUCGUUGCAUACUAUGGUGCUAAAUCUGCUCGAGAUAUGGCCAUGAAGUAUGAAAUGUAUCCAAAUGGCUGCUCUGACCUCCGGGCUGAUAUUGUGGUAACAUCUUAUGAAGCACCAGUCGAUGACUCCAGUAGGGCCUUCUUCAGGAAAGUUAAAUGGGCCGGUAUGAUUGUUGAUGAGGGUCAACGACUGAAGAAUGAUGGCAAUCUUCUCUAUGGCGCCUUAACAUCUUUGAAAAUACCAUUCCAAGUUCUUCUUUCGGGUACCCCAUUGCAAAACAACAAGCGAGAGCUCUUCAACCUUCUUCAAUUCUUAGACGAAUCUAUCGAUGCCGCAGAAUUGGACGAAAAAUAUGCUGAGCUAACAAAAGAAAACUUGCCAGAGCUUCAUGAGCUCAUCCGUCCUUUCUUCCUCAGGCGCACCAAGCUUCAAGUGUUAAAGUUCUUGCCUCCUAUGUCACAAACUAUCAUACCGGUGUCCAUGAGUGUCGUACAGAAACAGCUUUACAAGUCAAUUUUGGCAAAGAACCCCGAGUUGAUCAAAUCAAUCAUUGGUAAAACGAACAAAGCUCUCCGCCCUACGGAACGAGGGAAUUUGAACAACAUUUUGAUGCAACUUCGUAAAUGUCUUUGUCAUCCUUUCUUGUAUAGCUCGGCCAUCGAAGAGACUUCACUGAGUCAUGAAGCUCUCCAUCGGAAUCUGAUCGAUGCCUCAUCCAAGUUUCAAUUACUGGAAAUCAUGCUUCCAAAGUUGCAAGCCCGAGGGCAUAGAGUUCUUAUCUUCAGUCAAUUUUUGAAGCAACUCGACCUUGUCGAGGAUUUCUUAAAUGGUCUGGAGCUUCCUUUUCAGCGUUUAGAUGGUACCGUUAGCACACUUGAAAAACAAAAGAGGAUCGAUGCAUUCAAUGCACCCAACUCAAAACUGUUUGCAUUUCUUCUCUCUACCAGAGCUGGUGGUGUCGGCAUCAAUUUGGCAACUGCAGAUACCGUCAUAAUCAUGGAUCCUGAUUUCAACCCACAUCAAGAUAUUCAAGCUCUUUCUCGUGCUCAUCGUAUUGGUCAAAAGAAAAAGGUACUUGUGUUUCAGCUGGUGACUAAGGGUAGUGCGGAAGAGCAGAUUGUUCAAGUUGGACGUAAAAAGAUGGCUCUUGAUCAAGCUCUUAUUGAAAGUAUAGAUGUAAAGGAUGAUGCCGGAGACAAUCUCGAGGCAAUUCUUAGACAUGGGGCAGAAGCUGUUCUUCUUGAUGAUGAUAGUAAAGAUGUUUACUACGAUCCGGCAUCAGUUGAUGAACUUCUCGAUCGUUCUCAAGUUGAAAAUACUACUAAUGAUGACAACACCGCAGAAUCCCAAUUCUCACAUGCUCGUGUAUGGAUCAAAGACAAGGGAGACCUGUCAGAGGAUUUUGGCGAGACUGAGGCUGAACCGGCUGCGCCAAAAGCGCUAUUAUGGGAUGCUAUCUUGAAACAACGUGCGAACGAUGCUGCUCUGGAGGCUGCUAAGAAUAUGCAAACAUUUGGUCGUGGAAAGCGCGCCCGACAGGUUAGUUUUAUUACAAUUCAUCCUACCACGUCAUGGUCCUUUACUAAUUAUUUAGACGGUUGACUAUGAAAAGUCGCAACCUGAGCUAAUGGAACUGGACGGUCCUGAUGGCUCGCCUCGAAAAGAUGGUCGACGAACUAGAGGAUCUCACAGCGAUGAUGAAUUUCCUGGUCAUGGUGCAAAGGAAUCUGAAGCUGAAGAGUCGGACGCAUAUGAAGACGUCGAUCCCCGAGAGUUGGAAACAGGUCAGCCAAGAGUGAAAGGUACGAAAUCAAAAAAGCGUCUUUACACAUCUAUCUUCCAAUAAAUCAAAACGCAAAAUGGGCAUUCCAGUGCGGCAAUAAAUCACAUCUCGGAUGGCCCACUCCGACUUUGCCACUCCCUAGAAAAAUUGGUAAGCAGCAGCAAGGCUCCAAGUAUCAACCAGAUAGCUCUGUGGUAAAAAAGGCCAGACAGCUCUGUGAUAAGACCAACAAGACCUGGCAAGAAGUAUCUACUCGUACAAUAGCAUCGUGGUGAAGACAAAAGCGUAGUAAUGACGGUAUGACGUCAUUGAACUACCCACCAUAAAUGCUCGUUAAAAAAUCGAGGCAUUCGCAGAACUCAAAGACCGUUAAGGAGCAAGCUUGGCAAAGGGGAGCUCCUAAAUAAACUCAACGGCAAAGCCUAUGCUUCAAAUAGAUCUGUCAAAAGGUCGCCGCAUUCUAGCCCAGAGCAGAAUGUUACAUCAGCCGCUGUUUGUGUUCCUGCAAUGCUGUCUUCGGAUUCUGUCAAGGAACAGGAUUCGUCAAACCAUUCUUUAUAAUCUUCUGCUUCUGCUCGUUUUCAUUUGCAAUUAGUAACAAGUUCGUUUUUCAACCCGCUAACAAUAAGCAGUUGACAACUAUAGCGGAGAUCGCGAAGGACCCGUCGAAAUUCAGAGAAUCAACAGAGACUAUGAAAAAUGGCACCAAGUGAGCAUUAACAACGACCGCGUAUUUACAAGUGCUAGGCACAUACAAGACUGGCUUGAUCUAGGCCACGAACUCCUCGAAAGCUGUGCUCGGCAUGUUCAAGGACUAGAACAAUCGAAUCAAAUGCAGGCAGAUGUUGAGAGGCAAUAUAGGUAUUUGCAAGAACGUAUACGAAGUGUUCUUGAUGAACCACAAUGGUGGUAUAAUCAAGAAGAGCAAAAAGUUCAGGAAUUUUGGCAGGCAGUCACGCCGCAAUUGGUACAAGAUAGACGUAAACUGCACCGAGACACUGCACAAUGGCUUCAAGCGAGAGAUCGAUUGGUCCGACCAUUGGGUAACCGUGAUGCAGACUAUUCAGUGCAGCUAAAUAAUUACCGACGACAGUCUGAAGAGUGGCUUGAUUGGGGCUACAAACUGAUCGAUGCUCAUAAGCGACUUAAACAAUUCUGCGAACGAGAGGUAGAAAGACGAGAGGAUCCAAAGUCACGAUAUUGGAUGCUUUGUAACGAGAUACGAAGUUUAGUACAGGCCUGUGAUAGUGAACGGAAGAUACGGGAAGAGUUGAUUCGACCACCCGGGGGCAAUCCGUGGGGAAAUGGCCAAGAAGAGCGAAAUAUUCAAGAACAUUUUCUGACCGAGGGAAUGACUAGGCCCCAGGAACCACGCUCAGGUACAACCAACCGCUUAAUACUUAGCAAUGCAGUUAAGGGUCCGAAUAGCGGCAAUCCCCUGUUUAGUGGAGAGGAGGUUGGCUGGGAGGAAGAAUUAGAAAAUUCUGCAAUCCAGCAACAAGAGCAAGAAACCAUCUGCGGGAAGAAGAAGCGAGGACCUUACAAGAAACGCAAAGGCGCCGGAGGUCAAGCAAUCGACAGCUCCUUCACGGACCAACUCGUGGAAGCAGGAGGUUUCAUGAUCAAAGAAGUCGAAGAGUAUCUUGAAUGGCUAGCAAACCACCCCUUAGUCCUCCCAGUCAACAAGAACGAUGAACACUACUACGAACAGAUUGUAGAGUACGAGCGGCAAAUAGGAGAGCGGGUCCAAAAAUCAAAGCAAUUUGAAGAUGCUUUUGAUGAACAAUUUCGGGUACAGAGACCGCGUGACGCAGAGCGAGCCAGGCAUGAUUUGGCUUACAAGAAGCGCAAAAUAGCGGAGAGAAAAUCAGGUGAGAAGUAUAUCCCCAUCGAGGACCACGCACUACGCAUACAAGAGCUCGACCGGCAGUUGCGAGAUAACACGGAACGUCAGCAACAAGCCGGGUACUAUGCCAUCCAACUAAGAUAUGUCGAGGAACAUGCUGGAUUAGCGCGCAGCCACCAGGAGGCAGGUUAUCCAGAAAUGGCAGCAGAAUAUGCGCAACCUCCCCCUCAGGAAACACCCUCCAAAGUUCUAAAAGAACAUCUUCACAAGAUGGCUCCACCGCCCAGCGAUCCACGAUACCCGCCACCUCUCCCUAAAGAAACUUUUAAAAUGUCUACGCCACUUGGUAGACCAUCCGGGCAACAUGCAAAAGAUCCCAUUCAAAUUGAUCCAGAUUCCAAUAUACCAAAUAGAUCAAGUCCCGUCAUUCGAUCUGUUCCAGCCAUAGAAAAACCAGUGAAGCGCAAACGAGGUCGUCCCCGUGGAUCCACAUCAUCCCUAAAUUCUUCCAUGACACCCGUACCAAUUCUUGCUAGACCCAUGCCAUCUCGACUGGCUGCCUCCCCAUCACUGGCACCACUCUCUACAGGUUCCCCGCGACCUAACGUGCAAUUUUGCCCAAGCUGCAAAUUUGCUUUGUCAAAGUUGGUGCCUUCAUGUCCUCGCUGCGCCCCUACCGCCAAGAUCCGUCUCAUGCUGGAUAAUUUGAAAGGGAUCAAAGAUUAUUCUGAGCAAGUGGGGCUUGCACACAAAAUUUUGAAGGAAGCAUUGGCGUCAAGAUCUGCUCCUCGGACUUUCCCUCGGACUUUCCCUCGGAAAUAGAAAAAGGGGGUUUUUGGGUAAUGUCCCUUUUUUCGAUCAUUAAGUUCAAUGGUUUCUCCAUGUCUGCUUGAUAUCACGCGGCACUUUGAGCCUUGAUAAACCUCUCUCCAUCAACUCUUAUCAUGAUAACUCAAUUAUUUUUUCUUCAAGCUUAUGCCACACUUUACGAUAUUUUACUUUCACACUACAUGCAAUAAUUUGCUUCAUUUAUACAUUACUAGAAUCAUGACGCCGUCCUCAUGGAGCAGACCUUUCUUUUCAUUUCUCCCCUUUUGAGACUUCAAAGAUUCUGGAGGCAAACUGAGCAAUCAGAUGGCGUUUCAUGUUGUGCUACAUAAACUGUGGGCCGUUGCGGGAUGACCCGCGCAGGUUUUAGGUUGAAUAUUCCUAUGCCUUUGGGGAAAUUGAUUGAUCUGGGAGGAGAGGAAUGAAGUAUCAUAAGCAAUAUAACUCGAACAUCAACAAGAAUUGCAGAGCCAAUAAGUGUAGAUGUAACAAUAUUCAAUAAUCAAUCAUAUAAUUAAAAACAAUAUAUUAAAAUAGAA